CUACCGCCGCCGGGAGUCGCUGGGGAGGACGCGUAGGGCGGGGAGCCGCUCCCGACCCGCGUGAGCUGCCGAGGAGGCCGGUCUUGGGUUUUCUCCUCCGCCAGAUCCCACCCCACCCGGCAGACCCCACCCCCUGCUCCUUCCUCCUGGGGCGCGCUCUCGGGUGCGCGCUCGGAAGUCGGGGGUCGGCGCACAGUGCGAGCUGCACACCGGGAGGCAGCGGAGGCACCGUGGUCUUCGCCCAGGACGCCCACUCAUCGGCUCUGCGCCCGGUUCUCGGCCGCCAGCCUGGUCCACAGCCCGGCCUCGGCCCGCAGCGGAGGAGCAGCCUCGGGGCACCCCAGCCUUCGCCAAGGGCCCGAGCGUGGUGGGAUGACGGGCGGCGGGCGGGCCAAAGUGGCCCUGCGGCCCCGGGGGCGGCUGUGGCCGCUGCUCGCAGUGCUGGCGGCUGCGGCGGGCUGUGUCCGGGCGGCCAUGGACGAGUGCGCGGAUGAGGGCGGCCGGCCGCAGCGCUGCAUGCCGGAGUUUGUUAAUGCCGCCUUCAAUGUGACCGUGGUGGCUACCAACACGUGUGGGACUCCGCCCGAGGAGUACUGCGUGCAGACUGGGGUGACCGGAGUCACCAAGUCCUGUCACCUGUGCGACGCCGGCCAACUCCACCUGCAGCACGGGGCAGCCUUCCUGACCGACUACAACAACCAGGCCGACACCACCUGGUGGCAAAGCCAGACCAUGCUGGCCGGGGUGCAGUACCCCAACUCCAUCAACCUCACGCUGCACCUGGGAAAGGCUUUUGACAUCACUUACGUGCGUCUCAAGUUCCACACUAGCCGCCCAGAGAGCUUCGCCAUCUACAAGCGCACUCGGGAGGACGGGCCCUGGAUUCCUUACCAGUACUACAGCGGCUCCUGUGAGAACACCUACUCCAAGGCCAACCGUGGCUUCAUCAGGACCGGAGGGGACGAGCAGCAGGCCCUGUGCACUGACGAAUUCAGUGACAUUUCCCCCCUCACCGGGGGCAACGUGGCCUUUUCAACCCUGGAAGGAAGGCCGAGUGCCUACAACUUUGACAACAGCCCUGUGCUGCAGGAAUGGGUAACUGCUACUGACAUCAGAGUAACACUCAACCGCCUGAACACUUUUGGAGAUGAAGUGUUUAACGACCCCAAAGUUCUCAAGUCCUACUAUUAUGCAAUCUCAGACUUCGCAGUGGGCGGCAGGUGUAAGUGUAACGGACAUGCCAGUGAGUGUGUAAAGAAUGAAUUUGGCAAACUGGUAUGCAAUUGCAAACAUAACACAUAUGGAGUUGAUUGUGAGAAGUGCCUGCCUUUCUUCAAUGACCGGCCGUGGAGGAGGGCAACCGCCGAGAGCGCCAGCGAAUGCCUGCCCUGUGACUGCAAUGGUCGAUCCCAAGAAUGCUACUUUGACCCUGAGCUAUACCGUUCUACUGGACAUGGUGGCCACUGUACCAACUGCCGGGAUAACACUGAUGGUGCCAAGUGUGAGAGGUGCCGGGAGAACUUCUUCCGCCUUGGGAACACUGAAGCCUGCUUUCCAUGCCACUGCAGUCCUGUUGGUUCUCUCAGCACACAGUGCGACAGUUACGGCAGAUGCAGCUGCAAGCCAGGAGUGAUGGGUGACAAGUGUGACCGCUGCCAGCCUGGAUUCCAUUCCCUCACCGAGGCAGGAUGCAGGCCAUGCUCCUGUAACCCAUCCGGCAGCACAGAUGAAUGUAAUGUCGAAACAGGAAGAUGUGUCUGCAAAGACAAUGUUGAAGGCUUCAGCUGUGAGAGAUGCAAGCCUGGAUUCUUUAAUCUGGAAUCAUCUAAUCCUAAGGGUUGCACACCCUGCUUCUGCUUCGGGCAUUCCUCUGUGUGCACAAAUGCUGCUGGCUACAGUGUUUACGACAUCUCCUCCACCUUUCAGAUUGAUGAGGAUGGGUGGCGUGUGGAACAGAGAGAUGGCUCGGAGGCAUCUCUUGAGUGGUCCUCAGAUAGGCAGGACAUCGCCGUGAUCUCAGACAGUUACUUUCCUAGGUACUUCAUCGCCCCUGCCAAGUUCCUGGGUAACCAGGUUCUGAGUUACGGGCAGAACCUCUCCUUCUCCUUCAGAGUGGACAGACGGGACACUCGCCUCUCUGCAGAAGAUCUCGUGCUUGAGGGAGCUGGCUUGAGAGUUUCCGUGCCCUUGAUCGCCCAGGGCAAUUCCUAUCCUAGUGAGACUGCUGUGAAGUACAUCUUCAGGCUCCAUGAAGCAGCAGAUUACCCUUGGAGGCCCACUCUCUCCCCCUUUGAAUUUCAGAAGCUCCUAAACAACUUGACCUCUAUCAAGAUCCGGGGCACGUACAGUGAGAGGAGUGCUGGAUAUUUGGAUGAUGUCACCUUGGCAAGUGCUCGUCCUGGGCCUGGAGUCCCUGCAACUUGGGUGGAGUCCUGCACCUGUCCCGUGGGGUAUGGAGGGCAGUUCUGUGAGAUGUGCCUCUCAGGCUACAGAAGAGAAACUCCGAGUCUUGGACCUUACAGCCCAUGUGUGCUCUGUACCUGCAACGGACACAGUGAGACCUGUGACCCCGAGACAGGUGUCUGUAACUGCAGAGACAAUACAGAUGGCCCUCACUGUGAGAAGUGCAGUGACGGAUACUAUGGAGAUUCAACCCUGGGCACCUCCUCUGACUGCCAGCCGUGUCCCUGCCCUGGUGGCUCAAGUUGUGCCGUUGUUCCCAAGACAAAGGAAGUGGUGUGCACACACUGUCCAACUGGCACGGCCGGAAAGAGAUGUGAGCUCUGUGAUGACGGCUAUUUUGGAGACCCUCUGGGCAGCAAUGGGCCCGUGAGACUGUGCCGUCCAUGCCAGUGUAACGACAACAUAGACCCCAAUGCAGUUGGCAACUGCAAUCGCCUGACAGGAGAGUGUCUGAAGUGCAUCUACAACACCGCCGGCUUCUACUGCGACCGGUGCAAAGAAGGGUUUUUCGGCAACCCCCUGGCUCCCAAUCCUGCAGACAAAUGCAAAGCCUGUGCCUGCAAUCCCUACGGGACCGUGCAGCAACAGAGCAGCUGUAACCCCGUGACUGGGCAGUGCGAGUGUCUGCCUCAUGUGUCGGGCCGGGACUGUGGCGCUUGUGACCCUGGCUUCUACAACCUGCAGAGUGGACAAGGCUGUGAGAGGUGUGACUGCCAUGCUUUGGGUUCCACCAACGGGCAGUGUGACAUCCGCACUGGUCAGUGUGAGUGCCAGCCUGGCAUCACUGGUCAGCACUGUGAGCACUGUGAGAACAACCACUUCGGAUUUGGCCCUGAAGGCUGCAAACCUUGUGACUGCCACCACGAAGGGUCCCUUUCACUCCAGUGUAAAGACGAUGGCCGCUGUGAAUGCAGGGAAGGCUUUGUGGGAAAUCGCUGUGACCAAUGUGAAGAGAACUAUUUCUAUAAUCGCUCUUGGCCUGGCUGCCAGGAGUGUCCAGCUUGUUACCGGCUGGUGAAGGAUAAGGUUGCUGAGCAUCGAGUGAAACUCCAGGAGUUAGAGAGCCUCAUAGCAAACCUCGGGACCGGGGACGAGACGGUGACGGACCAAGCCUUUGAGGACAGACUGAAGGAGGCAGAGAGAGAGGUCACAGACCUCCUCCGUGAGGCUCAGGAGGUCAAAGAUGUAGAUCAGAAUUUGAUGGAUCGCCUUCAGAGGGUGAAUAGCAGUCUACAUAGCCAAAUAAGCCGAUUGCAGAACAUCCGGAAUACUAUAGAAGAGACCGGGAUCUUGGCUGAACAAGCACGGUCCCGCGUGGAGAGCACGGAGCAACUGAUUGAGAUUGCCUCCAGGGAGCUUGAGAAAGCAAAAAUGGCUGCUGCCAAUGUGUCAAUCACUCAGCCAGAGUCUACAGGGGAACCAAACAACAUGACGCUGUUGGCAGAAGAGGCUCGAAGGCUUGCAGAGCGCCACAAACAGGAAGCUGAUGACAUUGUCCGAGUGGCAGAGACAGCCAAUGAGACUUCGGCUGAGGCCUAUAAUCUGCUUUUGAGGACCCUGGAAGGAGAGAAUCAAACUGCAUUUGAGAUCGAAGAGCUUAAUAGGAAGUAUGAGCAAGCAAAGAACAUCUCUCAGGACCUGGAGAAGCAGGCUGCCCGAGUCCAUGAGGAAGCCAAGCGGGCGGGUGACAAAGCUGUAGAGAUCUAUGCCAGUGUGGCCCAGCUGACCCCUGUGGACUCCGAGGCGCUGGAGAAUGAAGCAAAUAAAAUCAAGAAGGAAGCUGCAGAUCUGGACCGUCUAAUUGACCAGAAGCUAAAGGACUAUGAGGACCUUCGCGAAGACAUGAGAGGGAAGGAAAAUGAAGUAAAGAACCUUCUAGAGAAGGGAAAAGCUGAGCAGCAGACGGCCGACCAACUCCUAGCUCGAGCUGACGCUGCCAAGGCUCUUGCUGAAGAGGCUGCUAAAAAGGGACGAAAUACCUUACAAGAAGCCAAUGACAUUCUCAACAACCUCAAAGAUUUUGAUAGACGUGUAAAUGAUAACAAGACAGCUGCAGAGGAGGCUCUCAGGAGGAUUCCCGCCAUCAACCGGACCAUAGCUGAGGCCAAUGAGAAGACACGGGAGGCACAGCUGGCCCUGGGCAAUGCUGCAGCCGAUGCCACGGAGGCCAAGACCAAAGCCCAUGAAGCAGAGAGGAUCGCCAGCGCCGUGCAGAAGAAUGCCACCGGCACCAAGGCCGACGCCGAGAGAACCUUCGCAGAAGUGACGGAUCUGGAUAACGAGGUGAACAUUAUGUUGAGGCAACUGGAGGAAGCAGAAAAUGAGCUGAAGAGGAAACAAGACGAUGCCGACCAGGACAUGAUGAUGGCGGGGAUGGCUUCACAGGCUGCUCAGGAAGCUGAGCUCAAUGCCAGAAAAGCCAAAAACUCCGUUAGCAGCCUCCUCGGCCAACUGACUGACCUCCUGGAGCAGCUAGGACAGCUGGACACCGUGGACCUGAACAAGCUGAAUGAGAUCGAGGGCACCCUGAACAAAGCCAAGGACGAAAUGAAGGUCAGCGAUCUGGACAGGAAGGUGGCUGACCUAGAGAAUGAAGCCCGGAAGCAGGAGGCAGCCAUCAUGGACUAUAACCGAGACAUAGACGAGAUCAUAAAGGACAUUCACAACCUGGAGGACAUCAAGAAGACCCUACCGUCCGGCUGCUUUAACACCCCGUCCAUUGAGAAGCCCUAGUGACGAGAGGGCCUCAAGGCAGUGCCCCCGGAAGGGGAGCCCGUGAGGCCACAGUGCCUUGACACAGAGAUUACACUUUUCAGACCCCCCACCUCUCUGCUGCUGUCCACCACUGUCCUUGUGAACACAAAAAGUCGGAGUUUAAAGAGGAGCAGGUUAAACAUCCUGAACCAGGAACAAAGGGUUUGGCCUAAUAAAGUCUCUUCCAUUCACAUCAGCCCUUUACCCAGCAACCUUACGCCAAGGCAGACCCCUCCCCUUCCCUCCUCUCAACACCAGCAGAACCUAUCUCCGUUCUCAUGUUUCUAUGAAGGAAAUGUUUGGCUCCUCAUCAUAGCGUUGAGAUGGCCAGUAUGCCCCGUCUGUGGAUAAGGAAAGUGCCUCCGCAUCUUCAGCCUCCUCUUUUAAACAAAAGGAAAUAAACAUCCUGUGCCAAAGGUAUCGGUCAUUCAGAUGUUGGUAGCCAUCCACCAGUCAUGCUAGCUGUUGAGUGUAGGACACUGAGCCAUCCUGGGAAAGAGUACAGUUAUGUGUCCGUCUCCUGGAGAGUAUGGCUCAAAGACACCUAGGAUUCUGUCCCGUAUGAAUUGACCAGGAAGAUAAACUAUUUUCAAAUCCAUAGGCAGCUGAUACAAAGUCUGGAUGGGCAGCUUGCACUCAUCACUACACUAGAUAGCUUUUGAUAUUUUUAUAAAUGGGACUUGAUGCAGAAGAAACAGGGAUGCGAUAACCACUAAAAUUUUUUUUUCCAAGCCUAAUUCUUCAAGCUUUGUUAGUGUGUUAGUCUUGGAAUUAGUGUUAAGCUAUCUGUCAAACAGUUGGUCUCUAAGAUCUUGACCAAUGGAAGAAAAGCAGAUUCCCUCCUCCCCAGAUUUUCUGGAACAGGAGGUGUAACCAGUAUCAUUAGGACUCCAUCUGUGCUCUCUUCUUCUCUGUUGGAGGGAGGUGUAAUGUUUGCCCCUAAGCUCGAAUUCUCUUUUUCUAGAGUUCUGUAUUUAGAACUCUUCAAAAUCCGUCAUUGUUUGCCAGAUCCUGGCGGCAAAUGCUGUCGCUCAGUAUUUCACACCACUGCCAGCGCCAUCCAGUUCCUGCACUUUGUGGCUCCACCCACUCUUAAGACUGUUCUCUGUACAGAACGGUAAGAACCUUGUGUGGCGUUUCCUAGUAGGAUUCUCAACCUCAGAUCCUCAGCUCUGUGGUUUUCUUAGGACCACACUGUGACAGUUCCUGCCACACGCCCCCUUCCUCCUGCCUACCUGCCUCUGAGAUUCAUAUAUAGCCUUUAACACUAUGCAAUUUUGUACUUUGCGUAGCGGGGGGGAAAGAAACUAUUAUCUGACACACUGGUGCUAUUAAUUAUUUGAAAUUUAUAUUUUUUGUGUGAAUGGUUUUUGUUUAUCAUGAUUAUAGAGUAAGGAAUUUAUGUAAAUAUUCCCAGGUCUCCCAGGAGGGCACUGUCAGUUCACGGCUUUGCUCAGAUUUCCCUCUUGCUAGCACAGGGAACCUGUAUACCUCCUCCCUUCCCAUCGUCUCCUGAGUCAUCCCUGCUCCCCAGUGUUGUGCUCUGCCUCUUCCAUCUGCCUCGUGUUUGCAGCACCUUCAUUGUCUGACCGCAAUCUCAGCCUGCUCAGCUCCACAGCCAGACCCAAGAGGGCACUCAGGCGCUCUCCCCUGUUGCCCUGAUCAUCUGAGCUGUAGCUCAUGCUGUCCUCCAUGUCUGCCCCAGAGUAGCCACCAGGUGACUGGACGAAGUAGUUAGAAAACUUUACUGAUGGGACUCUCCCAUUCCUGAGUGGGAUGGGUCAGUUUUGUAGGGAGCAUGUAAUAACUGAGCACUUUCGGGUGCCAGGCGCAGCUGAUGGCAGAGAGGAGACUCUGUUCAGUCUGUCUCCAUCUCUCUUGGGCAUAUGGAGAUCACCAAAAUGCUCGGCUUGGCACCCCUGAGGUUCCACUCUUGCUCCUCCGAGGUCUUUUCUGCCACAGCAGAGGCAUGGCUCUUCCUCACCAAGUUCAUUGCUGAUUGGCUAGUUCCUCUGAUUAAGUGCUCACUACCGUAACAGGUGCAUGUUGGUCACAGUUGCAGGAAAAUGGCUGAAACAGACCACCAUUAUCUGUUGGGUCAGCUCCACUCCAGCAGGGCUUAGGCCAUGGUGGGUGGAGUGUUUGAUUUGGUUCAUCCUCUCCUUCUGUGUGGUAUAUUUUUAAACAGAAAUUUAUUUUUAAAAAUGAAAGUUAUUUACAAGAUAAUACCUAUUACACUCCUGCAGCAUGGCCAUUGUUUUAUUGUAUAGUUUCAGUAAUCUGUAUUUUAUGUAAUAAAAUUGACAGGAUGGCUGCUGUAAAAUGCCGGGUGUCACACAGAAUAGAUUGUUUUAUUUUUUUUUUUCCCCAUGGAAUUUUCCUCUUGAACCCAACUGUGGCCCUUUUAAAUGUGCCUUCACUUUAGCGGUUUGCCUUAAUCUCCAUAGCCUUCCUCUUCCGGGAGGUUAGUAAAACGCAACACUUGGCAUUUUUCUAUGUUUAAAAAAGAAAACAGUAUUUUAUUUAUAAUAAAAUCUGAAUAUUUGUAACCCUU